UAGCAGACUUUAGGUCAAUAUAAUCCCUUCAUUGAUUAAAGUCGAUAUUCUGUCAGAGUACUUUCCCUAAAGGACGACCUUUGUAGUGGGGUGGGCCGACGAAUAAGGGAGAGAGAACUGGCCGUCGACCCCGACAGUUUAGUUGCCUUAUGAACCGCGUAUGGAUCGUUCGUAUUUUACCCUUACAUUUUCUCGAUUAAAAUUCCUUUUACAUUUCUUUCAUUCAGUCUGCUAUAGAUUUUUUCUGUUUAUGAUUAAUACAUUAUUGCCUAUGAUUGUUUCAUUGCAUUAAUGAGGACGUCGUGUGAGCAUUUAAAAAGAAAAGUUUGGAAACAUAAAUAAGACAGAUUAUGAUGUUAAUGCUUAACAUUAUGGUUAAUGGUAAUAAAGACGAUGUACUGUCAAGCAUUUUCCUAAAUUGCGAAGGUGUAAAAAUGUUGGAGAAGUGAAUAGUGAAAGUUUGCGGUGUACAUAAGACCUUCGAUAUCGAUUCCUGCAAAUUGCAGUGGUGCAUCCUCCACCAACAGCACAUUUAUGACUCUCCUCCUCUCAAUGCGAGAAAAAUUAUUCACGAGGAGAAUGCUCGCAUCCAGAUAAACCAGAAAAUUGUAAGUUUAUAAAUAUUACAAUGCUUUUAAAAUUAAUUGACUGUGACAUUAGAAAUUAUAUCUGGCUUUUUUUUAUUAUUAUUUAUUGAGAAUAUUUAUAAAAUUAAAAAAAUUGAACACGGAUGACGAAUUGGAUAUGAAUUUGAAAUUUAAAUGGCUCUUCCUUGGAAUACUAGUUACCAUCCUCCUUGAAUUCGAUAUUACUAGAUCAAUGAUAAAGGAAGAAGAUGAGUUUGUUGCAUUGAAAAUUGAUUCUCCUUCUUCUCACGUCGCCCUUUCGGGAGACCUUACAAUAUCUGUUACAAAGUCGACUGAAACGUUAGAAAAAACAAAGUACAAAUAUGGAUUCAAAGAAGAAGAAAAUGCAGAUUCGAAAUCACUUGAAAAUAUUUCUAAUCAAUUUUUUCUACUGAGAGUACUGUACCUUUUUGAAGACAUAUCAGAAUUAAUAGGUGAAAUUCAACUAGAACAGUUGCCUUCGGGAAAUGAAACCAUUUCAAUCAUCAUUCCCUGCGGGUAUUUUACUCGUGGCGGUGUUUACGCUCUACGAGUGGAAUAUAAGUAUGAAAAUUCAACAGUGCCUGUUGCCACUCUUCAUCAGACAAGUAAAAUAUUAGAUGUAAAGUGGCCACUACCAACAAUCUUCUUAGAAUCUCAGCAAAUUACUACUUACCCAGAUAAGCCUGUCAAAGCCACAAUAAGAUACAAUGGAGUAAACUGCAGUCCAUCUGACAAUGUUCCUGUAACUGUUUACAUCCUACAAUUAAUAUAUUGCGGAUCUAGUGUAACUGCUUGUUAUUUGCAGAAUAAUACUUAUAUUCAAAUAUUAUAUUAUGAAGAAAUAAGAGAUUUUUUACCAACAAAGACUAUUUUUUUCCGAUGUGAAUUGCUCGGGUUACCUGGCAAUUAUGCUGUAAGAUUAAAAGCUUCGAGUACCAAUCCUACAGCACCAAAUACUAGCGUGUACUUUAAGGUGAAAUGGUCUGAAGAAUUUAAACUUACGGUUCAUGCAAGAUCGAUAUAUCCUUGUGAAGGAUCAGGAGGUGUAGCCGUCCUUUUCGAAUAUCCUGCGUGUCGACUAGAAGGUGAUCGUGUUCGUGUUUAUGGUCGUUUGAAAGCUGAUGUUACUUCCGUUGCUUCACCCUCCAGUCUUCAUUAUAUCACCGAAUCUAGAUCAAUACCUGGCAAGCAUUCCUUGGCUUUCGAUUGUGAUCUUUUCACAGAAAAAUUUGUCGAAUAUUGUUUCGUCUAUGUUAGCCAGGCGGUCACAGGUGCUAUGGGGGAUGUUAAUAUGUCCUGCAUACCCACCUUCCCUCUCCAAGAAAGUGAUGCUGCUGGUUGGGGACCUUGGAGUCCAUGGAGCCCAUGCAGUAGCUCGUGUUUUGGAGGAAUUCGAAAUCGAUAUCGCUUUUGUGACACUCCACCUCCGAAAUAUGGAGCAAGAUUUUGCCAGGGAAAGGCAAUAGAAACUGAAUUCUGUGGCAAAAUAUUUUGGGAAGUAUCCUCUAAAAAUGAAGCAUGGCAUAAUCGAAUUCAGAAUUCGAUAUGCGAUAGUGCAGUUUUGGCUGCAACAAAGCCGGAAGUUGUAGCUGACAUUGGAUUACAGUGUCGAUGUGGAUGUCGUAUUGUAUUAAAGCAUCAACCUUACAGGAAAAUCCUUGGAGCUAAUACUCAAGCCUGUCCUGGCCGAUCCUUCUGGCUUUUGCAAGCGCAGGCGAAUUUUAUAAUUGGAUUACAUUUAGAUCAAUUACAAUUUCCUUGCCCAGGACAGUAUUUUCGUGUUCGGGAUGGGAAUUCCUUAAAUGCAGAUCUCUUAAUCGACGUUACAUAUGAUAAAAUGCAAUUUACUGUGAAAACACUCAUCAGCUCUGGGCAAAAUUUAUUACUGGAAUUUUUUAGUGAUGAACUUGUAGCAUCAGGGGAUGCUUGUAUCGGUGGUUUUCUUGCUCAUGCAGCUGUACUAGAUAAAAAGUAUCUAAAAAGAAAUAGAACCACCACCACUGUGCCUUUUGAAACAAAUUUAACGAACGUUGAAGAAGAAUGGAUCUUUUGGAAACCAGCACAUUUAGCAACUGCCUUGCUUUUGAUACUCAUAUUUAUAGUUUCUAUUUUCUUGGCGUUACAAUUUAUUAUAAAGUAUAGAAAGUAUCGUAUUGCUGAGGAUUUGGAUAGUCUCAAUGAUGUUUCAGAACUAAUGCCUGAUCGAUCAAAAUUUCUAUCUACAAGUACAAUCAUUUCCGAAGUUAUCUCUAUGAUAGAAACAACCACUAAAUCUGCUCCAAAGGAGACUUUAAGUAAUACAGAAGAUCACUACCAUAGUAUUGAAACCUUAACAGGGUGCAAGGAUGAAUCUACAUUGAGUUCUAGUACAUUAAAAUUAAAUAGCACGUUGGAAAGUUCUUCUGACAAAACAAUCACAUCAAUAAAGUCAAACUGUGAUAAAUUAUUAUCAGCUUCCAGUAUUCUCGUGUAUCAUAAACCAGAAGUUAAAUAUGCUUAUCCCGUAAAGUUACAAACAAUAGAUUAUGAUGGUUCAGAAGAGAAAGAAUUAAAAAUGGAAAAUGGUAACUUAAAAGAUAAUAAAAGUAAUAGCAUCUCAAAAAUUUAUCAAAAUAAUGAUAUUAGUUAUUCAGAAGGAAAAGAAUCUUCGCCUGAAAGUGUUAUUUCAAGUCCAUCAAUUUUGGUAAGUGGGAAAGAAACAAAGGAAAGAAGAAAUCGUGAAAAACUUCUACAAGGUCCAGGAUCGGAAUUUAGUCUAACAAAUCCUGAUUCAGAACUCGAACUGGAUUAUUAUGAUUACAAUGUGGCAAAUGCUAGUGCUGUUCCAGGAUCUUACUUAGGAAUGGAUCCUGCUUUUUUAGUUUGGAUUCCACCAAUCGAGGAUUUACAUCUAGACACAGAAGAUCUUCUCUUAGGAAGCAAGAGAAAUUCUAUUUUGGCUCUUGAGACUGAAGGUGCUGCAUUAACACCUUCCGAAUAUAGAAGAAUGAAACUUUCUAGUUUUGAAGAUUUUGGAUUUGAAUUGGAACAAGGAACAAGAACGUUUGAAAAAUUACUUCCUGUCCAAAAACUUCUAGAAGAUUCUAGUAUUAAAGUAAGCAUGGAAUCUGUAUCUGGUAUCCUCGAACAUAAACAAUACUGUGUUAUUUCAAACCGGAGGGUUCGUCUAGGCAAAGAUGAAGAAUCAAGCGAAGAAUCGAACUCUUCUAAAAGCCUUCUUGGAAGCCCUAUAAAUAUGCUGAAUAACGAUGAAAAUAAUAAAGGAAAACUAUGUUCUACGCCGAACAGAAUUUUACAAAAAGAUCUUUCAAAGAUAAAGCAGAAUUGUAAUCAAAAAAAAAUUCCUAACAAUCAAGAUGAGGAUAUAACAAAUAUGUCUUGUAAAUAUAAAGAGUUAAUGGAAUGCACUCAGUCAAUUACAAACAUAAAGGACACAGUAAAUAUUCCUAUGACAGAAUUAUCAGGGAGCCCUUUAAAAAGCUUUUCUCAAGUACGAAAAUUAAAUAGCAGAGAUAUUGAUGCUUCUUUAAAUGUUCAAAAUCCAGAUUAUGGUAUAGAAACAUUUUGCCUAAAGCAGGGGUCUUUUUAUGAUCAAAAUAUUAAAUUUGUUGACGAUGAUGACGAUGAAUAUAUCGACUAGAAAUUUUAUAAAAUUAUUCUUAUUCGUUUCUACUAGAAUUUCUAUAAUUUUUUUAGUUUAACGUUUUCGUUUAUAUCAUUCGCCAGCUUAACAGCACGCGAACAUUUAGAUUUCAUUAUUUAAUGGUAUUUUAAAUACCUUAAUAUUAUUUCUUUAAAUAUAAUUAUAUUUCUUGUUAUUACAAAGUAAUGAUUUUAGAAAAUUGUUAAACUUGUAACAAAGUACAUUAAUGUCUCUCAAGAUAUAACCAGGAGUUGAUUAUCGAGACUUUUUUUUAUCUGUAAUAGAAUUCGGAUUUUGAUGUAAUAAUAGAUAUAAUAGUUAUGACGAUCUAAAAGAACAGACAAUGGAAAGAAGAAUAAAGCGAAAAACUAUAUUUAACUACUUUGACUCUGCUACCGAACGAUUCAUAUCGAUUUACAAAAUUUACUGUAACUUCGUCAAUUAUAAGGAUGCGGCUAUUAAAUUUAGAGCGAAUAUGUACAAAGGAAUAGGCAAUCUAUUUAUGAGCCUAAAGCAGUGCUUCUUAAACUUUCCGCAUCCACGAUCUCGAAAAUUUUCACGACCCCAUAAUUCUGUUACACGAUUUCAUAUGGGGUUGCGAUCCAUAGUCUAGGAAGUCCUGAUAUAAAGGGACGAUUAUAAAAUGCUACGUAACAACAUUUACUAGCUCGAUCGUUGAUUACUAAUGGCUCACUGCCAUGAGGUUGUAGAGAUAAUAAGGUCAUAUUAUGCGAAACUCUUCGAGUUGCAUUUUGAAAUAUAUUACUAUAAUAUUAUUAUCACGCUCAUAUGUUGAACUAAAAAGAUUUGUUUUAUAGAUGAAUAAUUACAUUUUUAUUUUAAAAUGAAAUAAUUUAGAAAUAAUAAUUUAGAAUAAUAAUUUAGAAAUGUUUGUAAAGUUCAAAUUUUUGUUCUUCUUCUUUCUUUAUUUUGAUUUUAAACUUAUAUGAUUUAUCGGGAAUCAAAAAACGUAGGUCUAUGAAACUCUAUCAAAAAGAGGCAUAAGAGAUCUCAUAUUUCCAACAAAAAUAUCCAAAAAUAUCUAGUAAACAUGGAAUUGAAUGCAAUAAGGGAGACUAAUUUCUAGUUUUUGGAACCAGAUCUUCAAUAUUUUUAAAAUCGUUAACUACUUUAACGUGAUUAUGUGCAAUUGUAUAUAAUAAUUCUCAUUAUUUAAUCAUUGGUAUAGUACAAAUUAUAUGACGCAGUACAGCUACUCUAAGAUUUACUAUUUUGCUAUGUAAUUGUAUAAUAUAAAAUCUAAAUCUAUCUAAAAAUAUAUAUCAUGCAUAAGAAUGAUUAAUGAAAAAAGAUCAUAUGAGUUAAUGUAUAUUCUUAUAUAACUGAUGUAUAUGAACUUUUCUUCUUCAAAUAACUUGUAACAGAAAUCAUGUGUAAAGCUGUAAUAUAUUUUAUAGGAGCUGAUUUCUACAUCACUUAUAUUACUUAUUUCAAGCAUUAAUUUAGGUCUCAUUUACUUUUCUAGAAAAGGAUAUAUGUAUUGUUAAUUAAUACAGGGUGUUUCGUGUAUCUCGGUUACUUUAAUAUCCUAAGACGCUUGUGCAUACCUUUUUUAAUACGAAAAAUUGUAUGAGAAAAAAAUUGACUACUUUGGAACAACGAAUUCAUGACUUGUCCCACAACGUCAUCUGAAGCAGUCAAUUUCAUCUUGCCUGAUUACAAUUAAAAUAAUAUUGUCACGUUGAUUAAUAAUUCACUAGCAAUAUUUUUAUUGUUCUCUUUGUAUAUAAAUGAUAAAGUAAAUUAUCUAAUAUAAAACACAAAAAUAAUAUAAGAGAACACACGAAGAAUCAUGCAACGUGAAAAAUAAUGUAAUUCGACGAUGUAUUAGAAAAAUAAGAUUGCCAUAUGUUACAUGAAAAUAUAUGUAGGUAUUAGUUUUUAUCAUACAUAUACGAUGAAAGGAUAUCGAUAUGUAAAAGAUUAUAUAUUUUUAGAAACGUACUAUAUACAUAUUUAUAAUAUUUAAAAUUAAUAUUUAUAUGACGUUAAAUGAGUAAUUAUCAUUUUUAACGUGUAUAUACAUUCAGCUUAUAUCAAUUUUUAAUUUAUUAAAAUUAUUAUUAAUUUAAAUUACAUUCUACGUAAAUUAAUUUCUAUUUAUUAUUAAUUUCUUGCAAAGCACUAGUCAUCGGAUGAUUAAUUUUUAGUUUUCUCAUCUUCUAUUUCGAGUCAAUUAGUACGUUAUGCUAGGCACUGGUGUAAAGUAAGUAAAGUUUUAAUCAAGUAAUAGCAUAUAAAUUAAUGUAUAUAAUUAAUAAUGUAACCGAAACAAAGAAUAAGAUUUAUCAGAUAAUGCAUUCGACAAACAUUUUGCAUCAAAUUUUACUGUACUUUAUUAUAAUUUUUAUUGUAAACAUUCUAUGCAUACAUUUGAAGAAUACGUUUUAUGUGUCACGAUUAAAUAGCAAAAUUAAAUAAAUUAAAAGAAUAUUUGACUGAGUAUUAGCAAAUAAAUCUUUUUAUCUAAGUCUUUUGCCUUUCUUAAUUACAUUACUUAAAACUGUGUCUAACUUGAUAAUUAUAUUUGAAAUUAGUUUAUCCCAUAGUAUGGAUACGUUGAUAAUAUAUUCACGGAUAACAAAAAUACAUCUUUUAAUAUAAUUAAUUGAAUUAUAACAUUUAGAUACUUAUGGGUGUAUGAUUUAAACAUGUAACUAAUAUGCAUACACAUGUUGGUCUUAAAAUACACAUUCAAUAAAAUGUAUGCAAAAGGUAAUUUAAAAUACAUAAUGAUAUUGCGCAUCGAAAUACGAUAUAGUAUACAAUAUAAAUAUAAUAUUCAAUAUAUUUAACAUUACAUUACUUAUUAUAAUUACUGUAAACGCCUAAUAUAGAAUUAACAAAAUCAACCGGCAACAGUGUAAAGUGUUUCGUUGAGAAUAGAAGAUAAAUAUAUGCACAUUCGAGCUUCGCUUGGAAAUCUGCGUCGUUGAAUGCAAUUGAUCGUUGUGUUUGAAAGUUGUCGUUGCGUAUAAAAGCUUUUAAGAGGCGAGUUAAAUAAUGAAAUUUUUUAAGGAAAGCAAGUUAGAAAAUAUCACUUUUACAUGAUUUACCAUUAACAUGUUCAAAUGUUUUCGAGUGUUUAAAGCAAAUUCAACGUUAAAUUAAUUUUCUUCUUAGUAUAAUAGUUAGUUUUCCGUCGAACUGAUAGAGGUUAUGAUAAUGCCGACCUGAUAGAAUGGUUUCAAUGUGAUGAAUCUUCUUCGAUUGGCCAUGAUACUAAUAUUACGUGUAUUUCGGGCAAUGAAAUGAAACAUGAAUAUAAUGACAAUGAUAUUCCUCAACGUUUCCAAGUACAUAUUUGAAGCGUUAGAAAUAGAGUUAAGAUGGUAGCAGUCACAAAUGGAAUGUAACUUUACCGAAUUAGAUCUGCUAAAAAAGUUGUGUGAUUUAACAGCUAAAAGAACUUCGGGCCCAUAAAUCUUUAAUAGAAUUAUAUUUAAUAUCAUUGUUUGUAUUGCUAUUAUUGAUAUUUAUGUUCUUCCCUUCUCUCGUUUUUUUUUUUUUUUUUUUUUUUUUU